AUGGUGAAUCAAACAAGCUUGUUAACUGUUGAAGAAAUUACAUCAACCAGCCUAACAUUAUCUUGGAAACCUCAGAUCAAUGCAUUUCUGGGAGCAACGUCAACUGGAUACAAUUUGUCCUGUGAAGCCAGCUAUAGAGGCAACUUGACAACAGAGGAGGUUAACACCCACAAGGUAUCGUACACACUAAGAGGUACCACUAGACAAAUGAUCAAUGGUCUGAUACCAAACACACGCUACAACUGCUGCAUUGCAAACAACGGAGAUACUAUCGAUCAGUGCACUAACGAGACCACCUCCAGCACUGCAGGGUUGACUGCAGCAUCCGCUGGUGUGCUGGGAGCAUUUCUAGGGGCUUUAAUUACCGUGAUCGUUGCUCUGGUUGUGGUAGCAAUCGUAGUCAGUGUGCUGAUUGCAGUCAAGAAACAGAGGGCUGCCGAGAGAGCCAAGUCUCGUCCAGUGCUAAGAACAGACUCUAAACGAUACAAUCGACAGGCUACUGCACGUCAACCUGACCAGGACACACAACUCACACCUCCACACGCAUCAACACUCCCACACUCCCACGCAUCAACGCUCCCACACUCACGCACAUCAAUGCCCGCACAACGACGCACAAAGCCUCUACCUGCCACGCCCCUCACACAACAACCACCCCCUGUCCCAAAACACAAGAAAUCACACACAGCACCUCGUAUGAAGCCUGCUGUCCCACUAAAGCCACCAAUCAAAGCAACCUCCCACAAGCAAUACCCCCCACAGCAGUACCCCCUACGAAGAGCCAGGUCACAGCCGGACACAUUUCAAAAAAGAGUUGAACAGAGCUUAUCGAUGGACGAUGAUCACAUUUACGAUGAUGCGGAAAUCUUUACCAGGAGUAGAAGAAUAGAAUCAAGGGAGAACGUGGCAUACUACUCUCAAGCUAACCUAGAUGAUAACUUUCCAACAGAGUAUGAUGCUCUAUAUUGAACAGAAAGCUUUAUUUAAUUUAGCAGUAUAGCAUGCUGUUUAUAGUUCUUAGCAAUAGCUAUUUUAUUGUCAAAUUCCGUACGAGUACUUAAAUUAACUGCACUAGUAUUUGUUAUGUGUGUAUACGUGAGGUUUCAAUAUGCCAUUGAGAGUUGAA